AUGAAAUCUACAGUAUUGAUUCUUCUUUGUUUGACGCACUUGUUUUCACUGCUGGUAAAAGAGACUGGUUGUAUUGGGUCACGCGUUUGGCGUAAGAACGGCAAACGUGGGAAGGUAAUGACCAUUUUUCAUUGUCAUAACUGUUAUGAUAACAACUAUUCCAACGGGAAGGAGGCUAAACCAACUUUCUAGUUGGUUCCGCCUUUCAGUGUUCAUUGUCAUGUUUUUUUUCGGUGUUUGUCAUCAACCAAAAGAAAAUGUGGUCGUCUUUAAAUUACAGAGAAACUUUUCAUGAUGAUUAAACAGACGUCACGGGAACACUCGCUCGCUUCGUGAGAGCUCAACUCUCACGAAGACUGGUUUAAUUAUUAUUCAAAAUAUGGUAUGGAAAGUUCAUGACUUUCUUAGGCUAACAAAUUUCUAACACAGGGUGCCUACCUGAAAUGGGUUCAGCCUACUACGGAUUUCAUCGGUUUUUUUUUUUUUUCAGGAGACGAGACCGAACUACCGGCGCAAUAUUUCUGCAGCCGUUCGUGAGUUGGAUUGCAAACGGGAAUUAGAGGAGGAUCGGCAGCAGGAGCAGUGA